AUGGUUCUGGGGAAGAAGUCAAUCAAGGUCAAUGGCGCCGACAUCGGUGUUGAAGCCAUCCUUCUCGGUGCCGUCACCGCGAUAGGAGGCUUCCUAUUCGGUUAUGACACCGGCCAGAUCUCGGGCAUGCUCCUGUUCACCGAUUUCAGGAACAGGUUCGGUCAGACCAUGGGCGACGAUGGAAUCAAGAACUUCACGUCUAUCAUCCAGUCACUGGUAGUAUCACUUAUGAGUAUCGGCACACUUAUCGGAGCUUUGACUGCAUCAUACACUGCUGACUGGUGGGGCCGCCGCAAAUCACUAACCUUUGGCGUGGGCCUAUUCAUCAUCGGCAACAUCAUCCAAAUCACCGCCAUGAACUCAUGGGUGCACAUGAUGAUGGGCCGCUUCGCUGCCGGUCUCGGCGUCGGCAACCUCUCCGUCGGCGUGCCCAUGUUCCAGUCCGAGUGCUCCCCGCGCGAGAUUCGCGGCGCCGUCGUCGCUUCAUAUCAGUUGCUCAUUACUAUGGGCAUUCUGAUCGCCAACAUCGUCAACUACGGCGUGCGAGAGAUCCAGGAGCAGGAUGCUUCCUGGCGUAUUGUCAUCGGCUUGGGUAUUUUCUUCUCUAUCCCGCUUGGUCUGGGUGUCUUGUUGGUCCCCGAAAGCCCGAGAUGGUUGGCGGGUAGGGAUAACUGGGAGGGAGCGCGCAUGUCGAUGGCCAGGUUGAGAGGCAUGAAGCAUGAUCCACACAAUGAGCUGGUGGAGGAUGACAUGAAUGAGAUGCGCGAGAAUUUGGAGAAGGAACGGACUGCGGCCGUGGGCACCUGGAAGGAAUGUUUCAUCCCGAAGAAGAACGGUGUUCCCAAGCAGGUCUACCGCACAUUCCUGGGUAUCGGCAUCCACUUCCUGCAGCAGUGGACCGGCAUCAACUACUUCUUCUACUACGGCGCCACCAUCUUCGAGUCCGCCGGUAUCGACGAUCCCAUCCAGACGCAGCUCAUUCUCGGCGCUGUCAACGUCGUCUGUACGGUUUUCGGUCUCUGGGUCGUCGAGCGCUUCGGACGCAGAUGGCCGCUCUUUAUCGGUGCCAUUUGGCAAGCGGUCUGGUUGGCCGUGUUCGCUUCCAUGGGCACCGCUCUUGAACCGGAGAACAACAAGACUUCGGGCAUCGUCAUGAUAGUCGCCGCUGCGCUGUUCAUCGCUUCCUUUGCUUGCACUUGGGGUCCCAUCGCGUGGGUCGUCAUCGGCGAGACCUUCCCUCUGCGCACUCGCGCCAAGCAGGCUUCGCUUGCCACGGCUGGUAACUGGCUUGGAAACUUCAUGAUCUCCUUCCUCACCCCCCUGGCCACCGAUGGCAUCGGCUACUCCUACGGCUACGUCUUCGCCGGCACCAACCUCCUUGGCGCUGCACUCGUUUGGUUCUUCCUCUACGAGUCCGUCUCCCUCAGUCUCGAGAACGUCGACCUCAUGUACAGCGAGCCGGGCAUCAAGCCGUGGAACUCACGCAAGUGGAUGCCGCCUGGUUACAUCACGAGAAUGGAGCGCGAUGAUGAGUACUUCCAUCAUCACAACAACAACAACGCGUUGCACUCUGAUGAUGAUAGGACUCAUGUUGGAAGCAGUGGACGGCCUAGUCAUGCUAUGGAGAAGAAGGGGUCCGAUGGGUUGGGCAGGUAUGGGAAUGGGAGCGGAGAGAUGCAGCCGCAGGUGGAGAGGGAUGAGAAGAUUAAUGCGCGGGUUUAG